AUGCUACAAACACCCCUCAAGCAGAACACCAACGUCCAUUUCCACUCUACGAACACGAGCGCCCUCAAGACAGACGACAAAAAAACCCACUUUCGCAAACAAGAGAAGCUUCGGACUAUAGUCAAACGGGAGCUCCGUAACGCCACCUUCGAGGCAAGUUGGGUGCCGGACACCUUCUGUCCAGCCGACCCAACUGUUGUUACCAGAGUUCUUGAUUUGUUGAAGAAACAACAAGUGUUCACGACAACGCUGGGCGGAGAGCAAGUCGUUCUCACUAACUGGCCAGCACCCGGCGCUGGGGAGAGACAAUUCUAUGCACCAUUUAUACAGAAACUCAACGCUAUCAUCGAUGCCUUCAAAGCCCUUUAUCCUAAUCAAUACGCCAGGUCUUUUUUCGCCGGCACAAGGUUCUACGUCUAUGAUAGAAGCAUGUUGGGCUCCGUCGACGGCGAGGCUGCAUUGAAACCGGAUCUCCUAGCUAGUAAAACCACCCUUGAUGGAGGCCUACGCAUCUACUGGUAUCAUGCCAUGCUGGCCGGCGAGGUUAGGCUUAGCUGGCCGGAGCUCGUAGCUCAAGCGGCUACCUACGCACGAUGCAUGUUCGCCGCGACAGAGCACCACGUCUUCAUCCCCAUCCUUUGUCUGAACCAUGCCGAAGGUUCGUUCCGUCUCUGUUUAUACCAUCGUGGCGGGUUAUUGGCGAGUACGGCGAUGAAUCUGAAGAUGAUUGUCGGGUUUCACUUGUUUGUAUCCACCAUUGUCGGCCUCUGGCAAUGGGAUUCGUUAAAGAAGGCCGGAUGCGAGCCAUCUAUGUCUCACUCACACAUCAGUUUCAAUGAUUGUCAGUAUCGCAUCACCGCUGUUCUCUGCCGUCGCCAAGCUAUCCGUGCUCGGGCAACCAGCGUCUUUGUCGUCCAGAAGGACGAAACACCGGCCGACGAAGGCAUCAAAACACGAUCUCAAGUCCGUGACAACAUGGCGCGCGUAUUGCUGCUGAACGAUAAGAAGCUUGAACCUUGGUCCCGCUUGAGCCCCUUUGAUGACUUGAUCCCCCUUCCUCCAUCGGUGACAAAACAUAUUGCCCCGAUUCAGUUCCCUGAUACUUUCAUCGUCAAAUGUUCCCACCAACCUGAUGGUCGUCACAAGGAGGAGGAUGUCUUCCACUCCGUGCAAGGGUUCAUCGGUAUCCCCGAGAUCUUGGGUGGUUAUGAAGCUGAACAGUUCAAUAUCCCGACGGAGCAUACCGCGGUGAAAUGGGACAUUAUCUCGCAUGAUAAAGUUGGUCUCGAUUCAGACGAUUCAGACGAUUCAGACGAUUCAGACGAUUCAGACGGUUACGGGAGUGAUGCUGAAGAAAACACGGUAGCAGCGGACGAGGUAGAGGACUUGGAAAACCUCAUCGUCCCAAUCGAGUAUAAGACCGACGAUGGUAGUGACGACAAUGACGACAGGAGGGGAAGCGGUAGCUACGUCGACCACCAUGAAGAUAGUGACCACACAGCAGAUGGGAACAGUGAUGGCAACGAAGGUGUUGGCAGCGUUGAAGACGAUAGCAACCAUGAAGACGAUGCGGCAAUUCAGGAAGUAAAGCCUCAUCAAAAUCACACCAUUGAAAUCCGACGUCAUCGUCAUCUCAUUAUCAAGACUGUGGGACGACGUCUUGAGCUUGUUGAUGGCCCCAGAACGCUUGCGCGCGCCAUACAACACGCAAUAAUCGUUGGCAGUUAUUUGCACCGUGAUGUUAGCAACGGCAACAUAGUCGUGCUGCCUAAACCUAUAGAUGGCUGCAAGAUCCCUCCCAUCCUAUCUUCAACCGUUCGAAGCAAUCAAUGCAUUGCGGUCCUCAUCGACGGCGAUGUUGCAAAAGAGUGGGGUAGCAGAGAGCAAGCCUCUCACCGAUCCGGCACGCUACCUUUCAUUUCAGCACAAGUAGCUGAUCGGUGGCUUGUUGGAUUGCCGCCCUCCCAUACCCCCAUUGAUGAUCUGGAGUCGUUUGUCUGGGUACUUCUCUAUGAACUCCUUCGCUGGACGGCUAAGAAAACCAAACGGGAGAAAGCAUGGUGGAAGCAAAUGAACGCCGUCAGGCUCGACAUCGCGGCUCUCUCGAAGCACGCCACCCUUUCAAUGUGGGCGGACCCAGAGUUGUACAAGCAGAUCAAACUCUCUUCGAUCCUCCGGCCAUUCCGAAAAUUACUGCACAAAUUGUUUGCGAGCGCAGCUUCCUUUGAAAAAGAGAUGCGUACCACUUCCGAAGCGGACCUCAUCGAUUUGUUCAAUCGUGCGUACAUACAAUUCGUUCGGAUCUUAGAAGGCCAUAUCCCUCUUCUUCCCACCACAUUCACUUUAAGAAGGGAUUCUAAGGACAAGGGGGUUUCAAAGGGCUUGAAAAAGGGAAAGAAGGGAAUUUGA